GGCGGCGGCGACCAGUCGGAGCAGGAAGAACAUGGCGGGCGCGGCGGGGCCCGGGACGGGGCCCGGGACCGGACCCGGGGCAGCGGGCGGAGAUGGAGACGAUUCGCUAUACCCAAUAGCAGUUUUAAUCGACGAGCUCCGCAAUGAGGACGUGCAGCUCCGUCUCAAUAGUAUUAAGAAAUUAUCAACGAUUGCUCUAGCACUUGGAGUAGAAAGGACGCGAACUGAACUGCUACCAUUCCUUACAGAUACAAUUUAUGAUGAAGAUGAGGUACUGUUAGCUCUUGCUGAGCAGCUGGGAAAUUUCACCGGCCUGGUAGGAGGUCCUGACUUUGCCCACUGUUUGCUGCCUCCUUUGGAGAGUCUGGCGACCGUGGAAGAGACGGUGGUCCGGGACAAGGCCGUGGAGUCCCUGCGACAGAUCUCCCAGGAGCACACCUCUGUGGCUCUGGAGGCUCAUUUUGUUCCCCUGGUGAAACGCCUGGCGAGUGGGGAUUGGUUCACUUCUCGCACGUCUGCAUGUGGUUUGUUCAGCGUUUGCUAUCCCAGGGCUUCAAACGCUGUCAAAGCAGAAAUUAGACAGCACUUCCGUUCCUUGUGCUCAGAUGACACACCAAUGGUACGACGUGCUGCUGCUUCCAAAUUGGGUGAAUUUGCAAAAGUUUUGGAACUAGACAGUGUGAAAAGCGAAAUUGUUCCAUUGUUCACUAAUCUAGCUUCAGAUGAACAGGAUUCAGUGCGCCUUCUGGCUGUGGAAGCCUGUGUCAGUAUUGCCCAGUUACUGUCUCAGGAGGACCUCGAGGCUUUGGUGAUGCCUAUACUUCGACAAGCAGCAGAAGAUAAAUCUUGGCGAGUUCGCUAUAUGGUAGCUGACAAAUUUUCAGAGCUCCAGAAAGCUGUGGGUCCUAAAAUCACCCAGAAUGACCUCAUCCCCGCCUUUCAGAACCUGCUUAAAGACUGUGAAGCUGAAGUCCGAGCAGCUGCUGCUCACAAAGUAAAAGAACUUUGUGAGAACUUGCCCAUUGAAGGUAGAGAGACCAUAAUUAUGAAUCAAAUUCUGCCCUAUAUAAAGGAAUUAGUAUCUGAUACAAAUCAACAUGUCAAAUCGGCUCUAGCGUCUGUCAUUAUGGGACUGUCUACCAUUCUGGGCAAAGAGAAUACCAUUGAACAUCUUCUACCUCUCUUCUUAGCUCAGUUAAAGGAUGAGUGUCCUGAAGUUCGUCUGAAUAUCAUCUCCAAUUUGGACUGUGUGAAUGAAGUGAUUGGAAUCCGUCAGCUCUCCCAGUCGCUCCUUCCUGCCAUAGUGGAGCUGGCGGAAGAUGCCAAGUGGCGGGUCCGGCUGGCCAUCAUUGAGUACAUGCCGCUGCUGGCGGGCCAGCUGGGUGUGGAAUUCUUUGAUGAAAAGCUGAAUUCCUUAUGUAUGGCCUGGCUUGUGGACCACGUGUACGCCAUCCGGGAAGCUGCCACCAACAACCUCAUGAAGCUGGUUCAGAAGUUUGGAACAGAGUGGGCCCAAAAUACCAUCGUCCCCAAAGUGUUAGUAAUGGCAAAUGAUCCUAAUUACUUGCACAGAAUGACCACUUUAUUCUGCAUUAAUGCGUUGUCUGAAGCCUGCGGUCAGGAAAUAACCACUAAGCAGAUGCUGCCUAUUGUACUGAAAAUGGCCGGAGACCAAGUAGCAAAUGUCCGUUUCAACGUGGCCAAAUCUUUACAGAAAAUCGGACCAAUUCUAGAUACUGAUGCUUUGCAGGAGGAAGUUAAGCCAGUGCUCCAGAAGUUAGGCCAAGAUGAAGACAUGGAUGUCAAGUACUUUGCACAGGAAGCUAUGAGUGUGCUUGCGUUGGCAUAAUGAGGAACAGGAGGGAAAAGACUUUACUAAAUUCUUACCACAGAUUUCUAGUCCAUGUGUUCUUAAACUGGGUGGAGAGAAAAAUGGAAAACCUUCAAGACCUCAUCCGAGCAAAUGGCAGCAACUUACAAGAAAUCAAAUUUCAGUGACUUGAUUCUUUCUAAAGAUGGAGUGGGAUUGUUUUAUACUUGUCUUCCUUGUUGGGAUAAUUAUAUUUAAGCCAUUCUUAUUGUUUGUGACCCAUUCCUGACACUUGGUGCAGUCAUUUCUUGAUUGUCUCCUAGUGAUUUAUCCAGCACCAUCUGGUCUCCUGCGUCUUCAUUGUUCUACCAAGCCUGGAUGGGUUUGGACCCAGACGCGGAAUGGAGUGAUUCUCUUGAUGUUUACAUAUAUCUGUGUCUCUGUCAUUCCAAAGUUAAGUGUACAUGGUUUAGAACAACUUAAUUUAUAAACACUCUAUUUGGGAGACACAUCGAGAUUUAACUGUAGUGAAAGCCAUAUUUUCCUGGGUAAUAAUGGUCUGCGUCAGUGUUGCACAUGAAAGGGGAAUGUGGAAACUCAGGGUUCAUCUGUUGGUUGUUUUGGUGUUUAUUUGCUCGAUUCUGAUUGUAAUCAUGUCAUUCAGAAACCUGGAGUGCAGAUGCAUCUUGCUGCUGGUGCCAGAUGUUGAAGCCUAACUGAAUUUCAACAGCUCCCCACUGUGACCACCUUCAAAAAUGCUGCCCUCUCUUCUGUCCCCUAAGAAACUGAAAAUGUAGUGCCUUCUAACAAGCAGUGGUUCUCCUGUUUGAUUGUAAGAUCGCAAUUGUUACUUCGAAUGAGCAGAGGAACCACUGGUCUAUAUAACACUGUGAGGACCUCUGCUCUCUACCUGGUUCUGCUUCCAGCUGUGUGAACAUCUGGUCCUUGCUGCAUGUACAGUAGUGGCUUUCCAAAGUGAAGUUUCUUUAGUAAUUUUUUGAUAUGGGUGAUGCUGGAAUCUUACCAUUUGAAAUGUUUCUUUCUCUACUUUUACAGUAAAACCUCAUUAAUUUCUCAUGGAAUUGAAGAUAAAGAGUUAAACUGAAGGGUUUGCUGAAGCAAAUUAAUGUAAAGAAGCCUGUUGUGUCUCAGCUACUUAACAGUCUUAAUGCUCUUUAAAAAAGCACCCUUUUACCAUUUGGUAUGCGGGUUACUAAUCACUCUAUUCAGUUAUAUUAAAAUACCUUCCGUGAGGAUCUUUAUGAAGCCACACUUUUUGUUUUAAUUUUAUUUUUUGUUGAGGGGGAGGUAAUUAGGUUUAUUUAUUUGUUUAUUUUUUAGAGGAGGUACUGGGGAUCGAACCCAGGACCUCACGCAUGCUAAGUAUGUGCUUUACCACUUGAGCUAUACCCUCCCCCCACACAUUUUUUUUAGAUGCAUUCAAUUUACUAUCUUUGAUGUGUAUACAUAUGUAUUUCAUGGAGAAUUUAAAUAUUUUUUCUUUUAAAUUUAUGAACAUUUUUCACCUAAUCAAACUUGCCUUCUCCCUAAUGAAAUUUUUAAUUAAUGAGGUUUUAUUGUAUUUAUUUUUUUCUUCUGUGCAUCAUGCUAUGUGGUUUGCUUGUUUCUGUUUUGAUUUUCAAAUUGUUUCUUUCAUUCACAGUCUCUUAAACCCAGUGGGCCCUGUUAUGAUUUGUGGAGGUCCAAAGACUUUCUGUAAAACUUCGUACCCUAGACUGUUUUAUAAAGCCAAGUUUUGACCAAAUGCUUUCAGGUUUGUCUCACCUUAGAAAAACAGAGCAUUUUAAAUUAGAAUUAUCUGCCUGCAUUUAAAACUGCCAAGCUACUUUAGAGUAAGUUUCUAUUUUAUUACUUUUGGGCUAAGAAUUAAAUAUUUUCCUAGGCAAAAACCUUUUCUACAUUCUCAUUUUAAUAUCUUAAACUAUUAUGCUGUGGACAUUUGAAUUUGGUUUCAUGGUUCUUUUUAUUUUUUUUAUUACCUGCGUGGUAUGUUCUUCUUCAUUGAAUUUCAUGUUUGAGAGAGUAUUGUCUUAAAACAAAUUUACACAACCAGUGCCUUCCUCUGGUUGGAAAUGCCAUUGAUUUUGGGACAGAUUUUUAAAUGCCCAUGUGGACCCCCUGGGGAGCCCUGACCUCCAGCCGAAGACCGUGGGGCCAGGGAGACAGCGAGCCCUGUCCUUCCCAGCCGCGGGUCAGGUAGCUCGGAGGGGCCCUGUCUCUUUGGGUGACCAGCAGGGACCUCAUGGUUUCGCUCUGACUUAAACAGUAGGGAGUCCCUUUUGUUACUCCUCACGGGAACUGUUCUUUGGCUCAUAACUUGGUCAUUUUCUCCACAGAUUAGUUUUCUUCUCCUGAUUUCACUGGAAUGUAAGCUCCAGGAGCUGUGUCAGGGGCAGGGAUUUUUGUCUGUUCUGUCCUCUAGGGUGUCACCAGCACCUGGAUCAGUGUCUGGUGUACAUAGUAGGUGCUCAAUAAAAAUGUGUUCAAUGACUGUCUAAAA